CGCGCACGCGCAGUGCAUGCCGCCGGUGACGUCACGACGCUAGCCCUGGCGAGCAGGGGGACAAAGAAAGAUGUCCGGUGUCAUCGCCAAGUACCACUGCAACUACUGUCAGGAGGACAUCACGGGAGUGCGCGUCAAAUGUGCCGAGUGCCCAGACUUUGACCUUUGUUUACAGUGCUUUUCCUGCGGGGCAGAGAUGGGGGCACACAAGAACAGGCAUGGCUACCAGUUGAUUGACUGUGGCAACUUCCCCAUCUUCCAAGCCCCCUGCAACUGGAAGGCGAAGGAAGAGCUGGUGCUUCUCGAGGCCAUCGAGCAGUAUGGUUUCGGCAAUUGGGAGGAUGUCUCUCAGUGCCUGCCGGCUCGAAGUUGUGAAGAGGUACAAGAUCACUACAACAGCCAUUACAUUGAGGGAAACAUUGGGAGAGCAACAUGGUCCACAGAUGUGUCGACUCAAAUCAAGGAUCACACAGUUCCCGAAGGAGGGCCGCUGUCGCCAAGCCUGAGCAGUCCGGUGGCCACGGUGGACAUCACUUCCACCGAGCAGCAAGAGCUUGGCUACAUGCCCUGUCGGGACGACUACGAGCGGGAGUAUGACAACGAGGCGGAGUCCCUGAUCAGCCAGCUGUCCAUGGGCGGCCCCGACGAGGACGAGUUGGAGGUGGCCCUGAAGCUGGCGCAGGUAGACAUGUACUCGAGGCGACUACGGGAACGAUUGCGGCGCAAGGGCCUAGCGCGGGACUACCGUCUGCUUGAGCACUUCUGCCACACGGGCCGGCCGGCCUCCAAGGCAAGCCCGGUGUCCCGUGGCAAAAAACCUGCCCGCGAGGCCGACAAAGAGCUCCAGGAGAAGAUGCGCAUAUUCUGCCAGUUCCAGUCGGCCGCAGAGCACGAGCAGCUCCUGGAGAACCUCGAGAGGGAAAAAGAGCUCAAAGCCAGGAUCAAGGAGCUGCUGAGGUAUCGGCGAAAUGGCAUUACCAAGCUGGAUGAAUGCUCAGAAUUCGAUGUUGCGAGGCAUCGCCGGGAAAAGCGCAAGGAAGCGAAAAAGAAGUCUUUUGCUCUCAACGCAGGCACCCGCCAGCUCCGUUCACAAAAAGCCCAUCUCAACGGCAUCAAAAAAAUACGAAGAAAAAGGCGGCGUCGACACUAUGCUAAGCGAACAAGAGGCACCGUGACACGGUUACCGCAUUCCGUGACACGAGGGAAGACUCCAAGGAGGCUACCGACAUCACCAGCUUGCCCGGCUACGAGCUGCUCUCCGACAAGGAGAGGAAGCUGUGCCAGUCCAUUGGAAUCAGCCCUGCGUGCUACAUCACGUUUAAGACCGUAGUGCUGAAGGACCAAGCUCAGCGGCAGAAAGGCAGCACGGCUAAGUUCCGCUCCCCGGCGGGAAUGGACAGGUCGCACUGCCGGCGGAUCCUGAACCACUUCGCCAACAGUGGCUGGAUUUCCGCUACCUGAUGCCGCCCCACCCCAGUGACCAAGAGCGACCAGCAGCAGGCUGCCGUCCCCUCUGCAUUCGUCGACCCUGCCAGCUUGCAUCAGUAGCCACGGCGCGAGAAUGAGUGAUCAGACCGAAAGCUUCCUUCGACUUGCCCCGUGAAAAAGCGCGGCGCUUUCGUCGUCGUAGAGAAUCGUCUUUUUGUUUCUUGCUGAAAUGGCCGGUGCUGGAUUCACUUGGCCCGAAAAAAGCAAGGUUCGCCCGCGUCGGCGUGUCACGGUGCAGGUUUAAGUCUGCGCCUGGUGAUGUUUGUCCUGUGUGGCCGCUGACCAAGUGAACACGGUCUGUCCGCGACGUGGAACGGUCGGUGCUCUUCUCGUGACUCUCGUGAAACGACGUGCAGUGAAUGUGAGCGACUUUUUCCUGGUCUGUAACGAGGCGUGAGAAGUGUUGGAGAAGGGCGAUUCCUUCAGAAGCCGCAUUGGGCAUGCGUAGCAGUAGCCAACGUUACUCUUUGAAGAAGAGUUUGGGCACAGCGCAGCUCUGCAAAGUUCGUAAUCCGCACAAUUGCGAAAGAUGAAGUCGGCAUGAUGGCAAGCACAAUUGUAACUUUAACAUCCACAUAGGAAAGAACGCACUCCAUUCAGAGAAAGAUAGCCUCCGAAACACAAACUGGUGAAGAGUCAGCAUCCAAUUUUUUUCUUAUUUUUUCUUUUAGAAAUGUGCCAGGAACUGUGAUCCCCGUGGUGCUCUCGGUUUUUUAUACUGUGUUUUCGUGUGGGCGUCUUUUUUUUUUUUUUAAGAAGGCAAGGUUUGAAGUCUGAGUCUGCUUACGAAGGAUGUUUUUUGAAAUGUGGCAGGUGAGUUUUUAUGGGGGAGGAAUGAGUUCCUUUGUCAGUGGAAUGCAAGAUCUGUACCACUUGAGCACGCAAAUGCACUUUUGGCUUUGCUUUUUAGAAAACUUAUCAAUUAGGUGAAAAUGUGAGUGCUUGCGGUCUUGUUGGUGCACAAAGUUCAGCCCACAGUUAUAAACAGCACGUCUCCUGUUCCAUUGUAAUGGGACCAAUGUCACAUGAAAACACUGGACCCUACAUUGAGAGGCAGGGUGUCAAGUGUGCCUUAUUUUUCUAUUUAAGCCUCUGUUUCUUCUAAAUUACAAUUUGCAAUUUAGCAUACACUUUCUCUGUUUCUUUUUCUGCGCGUUUCUAGUAUCUUUCGCUCUAGUAUUGCUGUGAAGCGUUCUAAGGUUAAUUGUGUUGGUUGACUUGGAGCACGCAUUUUUUCUUCGACGAUGAAGAGAUUCAUUUUCCACAGCUCAAUUUAGACAAGUUGUCCAUUUCGUACAGGCCAUUGCGGAUCGUCUAGCUCUGCGGUGGACCAUCUCGUGUUCUGUUGUUGGGGCACAGAUUUGGCUAGAAGUUCUACAGCAUGUUGCGUUCUGCCCACCGUGCAUGACAACUUCCACAGAGGUCUAGUGCGGAGCAGUACGUUUCUCUAUGGCAGAGGCCUGUUUGGACUACACUAGGUUUUGUAAACGUUCGUUCAAGGGUCAAGUAGCUCCUUCAAAAGGACCUGUAGAAUUGUCUGUUGCAGCACCCAGAAUGAAUGAAAAUCUUAGACUGUGCAUGAAAGGAGCUGGAAAAGUGGUUUAGAGCAGUUUAGAUAUGACGCUUAUCCGCAUUAUAUGCCACAGUUUGACUUCGGCAGUGAUAGCCAAGCUGAUUGUUUAUUGGCUGCGUGGUUUAAAUGAGAAAACAAAUAAAUAAAAAAAAUUGAAGGUUAGGUCUCCUUUUCAAUAACUGCUCUUGUGACUCCAGGAAGCAUUUCGUGCUUAAAGGCCAACUGCAACCAAAUUUCACUUUGGCUAAAUUGGUAAUAAAUGAGUAUUGCAUACUACCUAUCUUGGCAAAGAUGCAAGGCUGGUAAUUGUCUAAUUUGCUUAUUAGGAGAUUUUUAUUAGCACUUAAGCAGACAACGCGUGCACCUGGAGGUUGGCAGCUCACACACUAGUCCCAGCACAUUGCCUCAGAGAUUUUUCACCACGCCGUGGGCGGCCACGGGUGGUGCCUAAUCUCGGAGCUAAUGCCGAGGAGUGGCAUUAUCCGAGUCAUGCGCCACUUUGGCGAGCACUAAUGGCGGCAGUUCUCGGUUUUGGUAUCAAAAACGCCUACUUAUGCAAGCCUUUCGUGGUGCAUCUGUUCGUUUAUCAAAUGUGAAGUUUUGCACGGAAGUUGCUCUGUAUCCAUACUGCAGUGCUGCCAACUGUAGGCAAGUCACCCUUAGAUGUAGGGAGUUUCAGAAUUGGUUAGGAAAAAUUACAUUUUUGAUGUUAACGUAGAUGCCACGACUUCCGGUUUUGGCGCCUACGAAGCGCUAAACGUAAGCCAAAAGUGCGGUUGUCCUCAGUGAGUCGCAGUGCGCUUAGCCAGUGGACUCGUGGGUGCAGCCCACUGCUGCCGCGGUAUCGACGCUGCGUAGCCGAGCGCAGCUACCAAUGGCAGCCGCGUAUGGGAAUCCGCUUUAUUACGAAAUAAAGCGUCCAGAAGAGAGUGAGGGUCAGGCUUCUGUUUGAAAAGAGCGUUUGAGAGAAAGGGUGACUUUGCACUCGGCUUGUGAGUACCAUGCAUUGCGUACGACAGCAAAACUUGGCCGAGAUGUUCACAGCAGUGUAUGCUAUCUGCGUACUAUGUUAUUUCGCCAAGCCUCAGGGGUCGUUCAGGGCCCAUUUAACAAUCGUGUGCUGCAGCAGCAAAGGAAGCAGCACGUAUACCUAGCGCCAAGCAUGACAACGCAGUCGCAGCGCUUAACCACCGAAUAUGCAUGCGUAUAAAAUUUACUGGGAGCUGUUCAUAGGCAGGGCAAUUCUUGCACAGAGUACCAGUAGUCGUGUGUUUGGGUAAGUUUUGCUUUGGAAGAAGGGAAAAAUUGGCCAUAUGCAUGCUUUGCUGCAAGCGCAUACGUGUGGUGGUGUUACAUCGGUGCACGGUAUGCAGAAAAGUUAAUCACACCUUUUACAUUGGCGUCGUGAAGUGGCCCACUGUUUUGACAUUGGUGCAUUCUGUUAGGGAUUUCCGGCGCCCAACUUCCUUACCAUUUGAAUAAUCAUGCAACUUUGCUCUACAUUCAAAAUAAGUGUUGACAACAACAAAGUUUAAUCUGUUGGCUUAAACAGAAGGCAUUCUCGCUAGCAUAGAAACUUUCAUUGCGAUGUCAUUUCAGCUUAAGUGCUGUGACAUCAUUAUUUUAAUAUUUCAAAAAGAGUUUAGAAGUAAAUUUUAAACAAUAAAAUUUGUAGUGCGCUUUCAUAAUAAAAAAAAAGUAUUGUUGCUGGAAUCAUAUUGAUAAACUGAUUAACAAACACAUUUUGCAGAAAUCUAAGGAAAUUUUUUAUUCAAGUUAAAGGAAAAAUAGCUUCGGAGGUCGGGGCAACACUGCUGUUGUAUCUGAAUCUAGGCAUCUUGCAUGGUACACGAUAGUCAUGUACACGAUAAUCAGAAAAGCCUUCAAAGCAGCCCUUGGUCUUCCCGAAUGCGCUAGCACAGAGUGAUUCGAGGGACAAUACUUUUGACGAGUACGCAGUCGUGGCGUUAUAUUGCUCAGAAAAAACAACUUCGUUCUUCGACUCGGGGCAGGGAAGUAUUGGCGAGGUUAGGCUUUACACUGAGGCCCCAGUAUUGCGGAGAGGAGACGGCACAGAUAGACCGCAAUGUUCGAUCGCACAUCGCGGUGGCCCCAAUUCCCAAGAACAUGCACCCCGAGUACCAUCUCGGACGACGCAGAGCAAGGGCAAAGACUCUUCACAAACGUUUCGGCAUGGGACCGGGAGUGUAUUACACGGAUGCUAGUUGAACCAGCUCCGACACGUUCACAGUAGUCUCUACAUGUCAGAACAACGUUACAACGGCAUCCUUCAAAACCUCAUCGGCAUGCGCGGCAGUGGCUGCAGCUAUCGCCUUGGCCAUUCAGGACGCCGAGCGCCAAACCACUUCGACUGUCAUAUUAUCCGACUCACAAGCAGCUUGCCGCCUGUUUCUAAAUGGGAUGGCACCCCAGUCAAUACUCAAAAUUUUGGGCAAUCGACUAGAAGGGCACCACACUAUCAUAUGGUGUCCUGCACACGAGGGACUGGCAGGGAACGCGAGGGCAGACCGUAUUGCUCGAGGAUUAAACGUCCGAGCAACGGCAGGGCCCAGCGACGACCUUCCACCGAAUUCUCGUGACAUCCUUUUACAGCAAAGGCAGCAGCGGAGACGUUUUGGACAUCCUCACUCGAAUUUGAACAGCCAACAGGAGAGGGACUGGCGUUGUAUUCAGACGAAUACAUACCCCAACCUGCACCACCUACACAGAAUACACCCGACGAGGUUCAUUGACGAGUGCCCGUGGUGCACAGAAAUACCCACACUAAAGUACAUCACAUGGGAGUGUCCCAAGAGGCCUCCGCACAUAGACAGCCCAAUAAUACUAAAACAUCCACUCAUGAGGAAUAGGCAGUGGGAGGCAUGGCUUGCGGACGAGGGCCGGGAGAGCCAAUUGGCUCUUCUGGACCAAGCCCAGCAAGCCGCUCGUGCCAGUGGAGCCCUGUAAUAGGGGCCCCAACCAGCGUGCCUUCUUUUAUUUAUUUAUUUUGAAUAAAGUUUUUACUCACUCACUCACUCUUGCAUGAUCCAAAAUUUUGUUGCGGUUGGCUUUUAGGAACGCUUACCUGAGUUCCUGCUUACGGGGCUUGUCCAGUGAGCUGCAUCUAGUGCGCUCUACCAUUCCUUAAAAGUCUUUUACGUGCCCACGUGGAGUACAUAUCUUGCUUCCAACUUCCUUUGUAUGUGUGUGGGGUUCCUGCCAGGAUUGCAGUUAUGUUGUGAAAAGAGUGCGAGUCAGGUGUGUUUUUGUACGUGAGUGUGGAAGCAGGGAAGGUCGCUCUUUUGAAACGAUAGCACAAGGUUGUACAUAGUUGCUCUUGUAAAUUUGCUCAUUGAAAAAAAAAAAAAAAAGUCGCAUUGCUCAUGUACAUAUACUACAUAGAUCAUCAUGUACGUUGUUUUUUCUUUUUUUUUUCUUUUUUUCCCUGCAGUUCAGGUAACCGAUCUGAAAAUAAUGAUGCUUGCCCCUACAUUGUUGCAUAUAAUAGAGGGUUUUAGCACGGUGAGCAAAAUUGUAUGGACUGGGGACUAUGAAAGCAACUUGAAAUUGAGAACUGCGGUCCAAACUUGGCACUGCAAACUUUCUAGUGCACUCAUCAGUAGCACUCAUCAGUAUCAGCUUGAGGGCCCGAAUUACGAAUAAAUUCAGCAUCCCCCCCCCUCUUUUUUCCCCCCGCAUUUUCUGGGGGGGGGGAGAGGGAGUGGGGGGUGGCCAUAUACUUUUGCUACCGAUGGUGCAUAUUACCGUUUUGGGUGAUACUGGAGAUUUAGACAAGAGCUGAAGUGCUGCUGGCUAUGUUUUCCAACACUGUGUUCAAACAGUGCGUAAAUAAGAUUGUAACGAGUGUGUUCGACAUUGCUGUUGAGGCAUAAGCUUUGCCAACAACUCAUCAACCUACAUUAGCCCUUGUGCUUUUUUUUUUUUCUCUCUCUCUUAUUUGAUUGCAGUACAAAACAUAUCUAACAUGUUUUGGUUGGACACGGUGUCGUAAGAGAGUGCCACUAGUGUCACUUCUCUGGCCUAUGUCUCCGGUAUCCUGUGGACAGUAAUAAUAUUAUGCCGGCCUACAGUUUGAUUUUGUUAGCCUGCAUUGACGAUUUGAGUUUGGAAUUUUAAACCUUUCUGGUCCGAAUUCAUUGAUGAAGUGAAAGUUUUGUAUUACGUGCAUCCGAAUGUCAAAACCCGGGAAAAAUAAAGAAAUUACUGUUGGGAGUUUGCACUGCAUCAAAGGUUGUUCUUUUCAUGAACUGCCAAACGUCAUUACGUUGUAAGCAGUGUGUGGUUCUUUAAACUUCUUAAUUCACAGUGAUAAUAGUGCAAAACAUGGUCACACAAUAUUUAAUGACCACUUUUGUGUGACCCAAGGCACGUUAUAUGCAUUGGGCAGUGGUCUUCAAAAUUGGGGAGUGCAGAGGCCUAUACUCACUGUCAUGCAAAGCAUUAACAUUUGUGAAUUUAUCUGCAGUGCAAAGUCGUCAAAUUAUGUAAUUUGCAUUUCUGAAAAUUGUUUUGUUCAUUUUUCUCGAUGACGGAUAUUUCCUGCAAGACAUUGAUUCCUGCAGGAAUCGUAUGACUACAAAGGGUCAGUGCUCUGCUUCCUACUGCUGACAUUUUUCUGCCCUUUUACUCUGACGAGAAUUACUGGGCACAAUUCUUUGUAAAUUUGUUUUGUCGCAGAAAGUGAAUGCUCCCACUGCAAUCAUACCAUUAAGUAUUACUGGGCCAAUUGAACACGACGUACACAUUAAAUUUUUUUUUUUUAUUGCAGUAGAAGUGAAAUCUGCAAGCCCGAGCAAUCUGAAUUGGUGUUUUUCAUGUAUCAUUGUUUACGAGUGUUCGCAUUUAUCCCGAGAUGUGUAAAUUCUGUGUCAUUGCACGGAACGACAAGGUGAAAGAUAUUUUUAUAGUGUUUAGAUGGGGUGGGAGUCCCACAUUUUGUUGCGACUUUACUACAAAUGUGCAGCAACUCGAGCGUGGCACAAAUGAGCUUGCCCGUUUCCUGCGGCUGGAAAGUUGCUUUGGGGUGUGUGGACUUGGAUGUGUAACUGUUUUUGCUCACAGGGGAAAUGUGCAAAUGAAAAGUCAUGUCUCAUUUUGCGUAUCUUCGCCGUUUCAUUCUCAUUUUGUACAUUUCUAGCCGCACCAAGUGGCAGCACUUAUCCUCCUUCUUCUGUGUCAAAUUCACGAGAAUGCAAUUUGUUGAAAACUCCGCUUCUUAAGCAAUAUUUUGCGAGUGCACGCUGUGUUACUUGCUGCCGGAAUCGCUGAAGUGAUCUUGGUGGCAAAGGGCAGAUGUCGCCACAGAGUUUGAGGAAUCACCGCUGUGGUGGAGGCGACCUCUAAAUUUGUAGUUUUUAGAGGACUGAAUUGCAGCUCGCCUCCUGAAAGUGCAUUUUUCUUGCCUUUCUGGGAAAGUCUUGUAAACCCCCAAAGUGCCAGUUGCAUUGAAAGUUACCUUGUCAAGAUUGUGAAAAUAGAAAGUGUGGCCCUUACAUGAGUCUAUAUUGUAAAUUUAACCGGAAUAGCAAAUGCAUUUCGUAGCACAAUUUAAGCCCGUAUUUCUCGAAACUGGUGCACAAAGUUGGUAGCAGCAAAAGGUUAUGCUUUAAGUACUAAUUAACUUCGAUUCUGCAAUUACCACCUGCCGGCUAAAACUUGGCCAUCUUGUGGUUGCAAUGUAGCUGAGCACAGUGGAGAGGAUGCAACACCUAUGGUGGCAUGCAUUGCAAACGUGGCGACACCUGCCUAUUGUUCACCUUGCGCUUGAUAAGCUUGCAAAGAGUAUUUUGUUCCUUUAGUACACCCCGAGUAUCGUGUAAAGAGAAGUAUAAUAUAUGCUAUUUGCAAUAAUCCUAGUUUCAGGUGAUGUUCCAUGGUGACAGAGUAUUUUUUAGAAAACCACAUGUGGUGAGCAGCAAUUCUUUAAGAGUUAAUUCUUUAUUCUGGGUUGCACACUGAAGUGCUGCAUUGCACAUGGUGAAGGGUGUAGGUGCUUUUUGUGCAUAGACCGCUGGCUAGCUUGAACUAAAAUUUCGCCUGGAGGUGACAUUUGGUAGCAAGUUUUAUGCAAUUGUGUUUUAUGGUACCACUGCUACAGCUUGCUCAGAAUAUGUUGUGGUACUAGCAUGUGGUCUGCAGGCCAGUAAUGGCCACAAUACCGCAUGCUUUGGUUCAGUUGCACCACCAGGUUGGGCGAACGUGUUUGUCGUGGUACAAUUCGAGAUGUUAGAAAAAGGAGUGUUCGAACAUAGCGUACAUGUGCCAAUGUCAAUGCCGGAAGACGCACAAAAGAAGAGCAGGACUGGUGGAAACAUGCGGCGCUUUUCUCGGCUACGAUGUGCUUGAAACCAUAGGUCGUCAGAAUAAGCGGAUACUUACUCAUACUUGGCAGUAUUUUCACAGGCUAUAUUGUACUCACCCACAUUCGACACUCACUCGCAUUCCUACUCGUGCCCACUCUUACGUACGAACACUAACUUGCAUUCAUAGUCAUUUACUUCCAUUCACGCUUACCGGCACCCACUCGGUCUCAUACCCAUGGCCCACUCACCAGCACUUGCUCGCAUACAAACAUCUACUCACACUCGCAGACAGUCUCUCACCUUCGUAACACAUGUCCACUCAAACUUAUUGGCACUCACUAAAGCUCUAUUUCAUGCCUGUGGAAGAUAUUAGUAUAUUUGUGAGCAAGUAUGUUUAACUAUUCUUGAAACUACGAGUGUUUGACUACUGAAUCGAAAAGAAAAAUGUGCCAAAAAAGUGAUGAUUGUCACUAGCAGCAAGUUUAUACCAGCAGACAAGUCGAAUGGAGUCAUUCAUUGCAAUAAUGGUUCUGCAUGCUGUGGUUAAACUUGGUGUCACCGGAUGUCCCCACUAGCACUGCUCUUGUUCCGUAUGUCCUUUCUAAACCCACCAGAGUUCCACAUCGAUGUGAAAUUGCGAGACAGACUAGCCAGCGGUUUAGGUGUGGAGGUGCAUUUAUACCUCUUCGCUAUAUACGUGAAAUUAAAUACUUGCUGUAUAGAUGAAAGCUCAGAGGGACAUUUGAGAUGUAAUAAAAGAUGUUCUUUGAUUUGCAA